CCCCUCUCGCGGCGGCACGCGCCCGCGCGCCGCGCGCCUGCUCGGGGGAGGCAGGCGCCCGCCGCCGCCGCCCGAGCAGGCUAAUGCCGUCGUACAAGGAAGAGGUGGUCGAGUGGGCCAUCAGCGCCUCCAGGUAUGGGGUCAAGUGGUGGAUGCCGAUUCUGCUUAUUGGGGUGAGCAUGCUGAACACCCUGACUGGUGGCGUCUUUAUUUGGUGCGUGGGCAUCGUGCAGGCAGUGUUGUUCACGGUUGUUGGCAUGUCCAACGGGAAGGUGGGCGUGAUCGUGGCCCCCCUCUGCCUCACCGCUGGCGCCUCGAUUGCCGCGAUCAUGUACAUCCAGGUUAUGAAGACCUCCGGCGCGGACGCCCUCCUGGAGAGGACUGGGGCAAAAGACUCGAAGUUCCUGGCGCAGGCGCAGGAGACGCGCAGCGCUCCGCCCCGUGGCGACGCCCCCCUCGCGGCUGGCCAGGCGCCCAACGCCUCGCUGCAG